GAACCGCCGCCCGGAGCUCGCAACGUCGCGUUAGUGAACGGCUACCCGUCGCCGGCUCCGGGUGUGUGUGUCAAAGUCAAAAUAUCCGAGAAGAACGGUCAAAAAUUCAUAUUUCGCUUGAAAAUACUAGAAAUCUAUAGUUUUGUACACAUUGUGCUGUGUUCGACCGCUAUACCAAACGUUAACAAAUUCUAAAUCUUAUUUUCUACGGCGUACGGCACGCUGUUGUAUUAACAUCGACAACGAAUCGUUGAAGUAUGGAAACGCCAGUCGAAGUGACUGACUGAAUAUAUAUUUGCAAGAUAAGACAACGCUGGAUACAUUUACUGCUAUUUGAUUUGCUGGCAGCAAUAAUAAUGAAUGGCCUUAAAUAACUUUUGCCCUCACUAUUUGCCUUUCAAAGGCAUAUCGAGUUUUUAUUACCGGAGUGAAAACAAAGAAGAAUUCAGACGAAUACCGACUUAAUGGUAAUUUUAUAGAUAUACCGCGUUGAUAACAAUAACGUACCUUCAUAACGUUACAAGCGACGUUAUUCCUCGCAAGUCGUGAAGUGACUAAUGCCAUUCAUAAGUGCCUGUUUGUCUCAAAAAUAUCUACCUGGACAGUGCUCAAAAAUAUGUUGACUAGAGCGUAUUGCAUACCGGCUGAUAGAUAACGUAUUUUCGUAACGUAACCAAUAACGUCAACAAAUUGUGUAUCGCACGCAGUUAUUUUACCAAUUUGUAACGUUUUUUAGUUUUGUAACAUUUGAAAAAGACUUGAAAUCGUAAGGAAGGACUUAUGAACUAUUUAUUUAGGGCAUGCUGUUGCCUAUAGCGAUGGAUUUUGAUACAGAGAAGUUUAUCAACGAGAUACAGAACCGGCCUACGAUUUGGAACUCGAAAUGUUCCGAGUACGUGGACAGGGAGCUGAAGUUGCAGGCGUGGAACGAGUUGGUGGAUCAGUAUGCGGGAGACGAAGCGCUGACGAGGGAGGAAAGGAAACGAGUGUGCGUGCAUCUUCAGAAAAAAUGGCGAAACAUUCGCGACUGCUUCGUCAAAACCCACAAAGCAAGAAGCAAGCCAGGCAACGACAAGAAAAAAGUAACACAAUACGCGUUCUACGACCACCUCAUGUUUUUAGCCGACGUCGCAUCUAGCAAAGACUCAAAUAACGUUAUUAACGUUGCCGAAAUUAAAAACGAAGUUAUACAUAACGAAGACGACGACCCGUUGUCAGUUGUUAAUCGGGUAUUUAAAAAAAAGAAAAUAGAAAUACAUGUUGAUCCUUUCUCAGACGGCGAUUCCGGGACAUCAAAUAAGAGAGAGAGAACGCAAGAGAGGGAAAGCGAUAUUAUUACGGAAGAUGAAGACCAAUUGUUUUUCUUGUCUUUGGUGAAAGAGUUUCGUAAGAUACCGGACCAUUUGCGAAUACAAGCGAAAAUAGAUAUUUUGAAAGUGAUCAAAGAUGCACAGUUUGCGGAUUGGACAGGGCAUGGGACGGACGAUUCUCAAUAUUAUUGAAAUUAACCUUUAUUGAUUCCCAGCCAACGAACAGAAUAACUUAAGUCUGAAUGAAGCUCAAAAAUUACCCAACGUGUAUUGUUUGUGUCCACGAUCACGGGCAGAUUUGUCAAAUCUAACCUUUAAUAACAUGAAAUUACGAUUCAAGUCACGCGUCAUCGUGAAUGACACGAUCUGUAUUGUGUUUGUGCCGUGAACGCCUCAGCUGUACCACAAAAUAAAUAAUAGUACUACCGUACCUACAGAAAUGACACUUAUUACAAAACCGAAGUUUGACAGCGAUUCAGGGACGAAUUAUGCUGUCCCUUUCUAAUGUAUGGCACUAUCAACUGCUGGUUGGCUGGUAGAGAAUGCCUUAAGACAUUAAGUGCGCUAUUUGUACUUUUUUGUAUUGUGCAAUAAAGGUUAAAUAAAUAAAUAUCCCUUUCGGCUAUUUAGGGUUUUGAAAAUUCAAGUCAUUAUCUUAUCUGUGGUCGUGCACGGAUAGGGACGUCAAGUUGUGCCAACCCUAAUAAUUGCUCGGAGCAAUGCUGAGGGCCUACCGGGAACCACGUUCGACGUGUUGCCUCCCUGUCACACUUACGUACGAAUUUACAAGUGCGACAGAGAGGCAACACGUCGAACGUGGUUCGCGGUAGGCCCUCUGAGCCGAAAGGAGCCGAGAAUGACCGAAAGGAGGCGUGUCGCCAGUCGCCACACAGGCUGUACUUCGCGCUUGACGACGUCAAAAAAAUAUUGUGAUAACUUGUGAUGCUGCACAAUAUUAGUGAACAACCACUUUUUCUAUUGUAUACGCAUUUGGUAAUAUACAAAGCUGCAAAAAAAGUGACAGUACUAUCCAGUUCUAUGUACAGUCACGUCUGAAAAUAUCUAUACGAAACAUGUGCCAAAAAUAUGUAUACACUGCCCAUAUAGGGCCAUAAAGUCAUGUACCUAUACAUAUUUUGGGCACUUUUUUCGUGUCGAUAUUUUCAGACGUGACUUCGUGAGUCAACAUAUCCAUGCUCACAGUUUUGCUGAGUGUGCAUGCGUGUUGAUAUAUUAAAUUAUUGAAUUCCAUUAAUCCAGAAUUCCGGUAUAGAGGGAUUUAUAAUUAUUAAUUAUUGAAUUAAUACUGGUAUUAAAAAUAAGAAUAACUAGUUAUGAAAAACUUUUUUAAGCAAUUAAAUUCGCAUCAGAA